UUCCGGCGUCCUAGCCGUGGCAGUUGUUUUGUCCUGUGGGGUCCGUCCAGCUGUUCUGGGUCUGGAUGAGCUCGAGAGGAGUGGUUGUGCCCAUUGCACACAGGCGGAGCUGAGGCUCGGCGACGCCGUCGGUCGCGACCCGGGACAGGACAAGGACAGAAACCCCGCCGAUCCCGCCUCCCCGCCCGCCCACAGAGUCAUGGCGGCGGCCGCUCUAAGGGCACCUGCUCAGAGCAGUGUGACCUUUGAAGAUGUGGCUGUAAACUUUUCCCUGGAGGAAUGGAAUCUUCUGAAUGAGGCUCAGAGAUACCUGUACCGUGACGUGAUGCUGGAGACCUUGACACUUAUAUCCUCCCUGGGUUGUUGGCAUGGAGGGGAAGAGGAGGCGGCAUCUUCUAAGCAGAGCACUUGUAUACAUGUAUACAAAGACCAGAGAGUUCACAAUGGAGAAGGGCCUUAUGAGUGUGGGGAAUAUAGGACAUUAUUUAACAACAAGUCCUGCCUCACUGAACACAGAAGAGAUCACAAACACAAGCAUAUUUGUACCAGAGAAAGGCCUUGUGAGUACAGCAACUAUGGGAAAUUAUUUCACCAAAACACUACACUCCACAUUCAUGAGAGAUUUCAUACUGGACAAAAGCUUCAUGCAUGCAGUGAGUGUGAAAAAUCAUUUCACCAAAGCUCUUUACUCUUGCAGCAUCAGACACUUCGUACUAAAGAAAGGCCUUAUGAAUGUACUGAAUGUGGGAAAGCCUUUGCUGAAAAGUCCAGUCUCACAAACCACAGGAAAGUUCACUCUGGAGCAAAGCCUUAUGAAUGCAAUGAAUGUGGGAAGUCUUUUGCUUAUACAUCUAGUCUCACUAAACACAGGAGAGUUCACACUGGAGAGAGGCCUUAUGUGUGCAGUGAAUGUGGAGCAUCCUUUGCUGAAAACUCCAGUCUUGUUAAACACUUGAGAGUUCAUACUGGAGAAAGGCCUUAUGAAUGCAGUGAGUGUGGAAAAUCAUUUUGCCGAAGCUCUGCACUCUUGCAGCAUCACAGAGUUCACACUAGAGAAAGGCCUUAUAAAUGUAGUGAAUGUGGGAAAUCCUUUAGCUUAAGGUCCAACCUCAUUCACCAUGAGCGAGUUCAUACUGGAGAAAGGCAUAAGUGUGGGCAGUGUGGGAAAUCCUUUAGCCGAAGAUCUAGUCUUAUUACACAUCUGAGAGUUCACACUGGAGAAAGGCCUUAUGAGUGCAGUGAAUGUAAGAAAUCCUUUGCUGAAAACUCCAGCCUUAUUAAACACUUGAGAGUUCACACUGGAGAAAGGCCAUAUGAAUGCAUUGAUUGUGGAAAAUUAUUUCGCCACAGUUCUUCGUUCCGUCGCCAUCAGAGAGUUCAUACUGGAAUAAGGCCUUAUAAGUGAAGAAAACUUGGGAAAUUCUCUUGCUCAGUCAUUGGGAUCCUUCUGGGCCAGAGAGUUCACUCCGGAUCAAGGCCUUAUGUGUGUGACAAAUGGGGAAUAUUCUUUAGCUAGAGCUCUAGCUUCUUUACAUAAAAGAGUGUUCCCACUGAAUAAGUGCCUUUUGAGUGCAAUGAAUGUGAGAAAGCCUUCAGCCCUCUCUCAUUGGUUACCAGAAUAUUUACAUGAGGAAAAUACCAUAGAUGUGGAGGCCAUAUUAUUUUUUCUUCAGUAUAACACUGGAGGAGAUCCCUUAUGAGGAUGCUGUCUGCCUAAAUUGAAUGUCAUACAUGAAAUAGCUGCAUACAUUACAUACAUAGCUGCAUGAAAUAGCUGCAUAUGUGGGAACUGCAUAGCAUUUUUCAACCUGCCCAGGUCUUUUGCCAGACUUCUGUGACUGACAGUUUUCUUGCAAAAAGCAUUUCACCUUUACCCCUUGACAGGUGGCCAUAGUAAAUCAUCCUCCUACCUCAUCAUGAUCCAGAAGUAACUUUGAUUUUCUUUCAUUCACCAGAGGGGUUUUUUAGUAUCCUUAGCACUCAUUCCAUUCUCAUUUCUUUCUAUCUGAUGAGUUAGGCCAUGAACCUGACCCAUUUUUGGUGCAGAGGACUCUUCUGGUGACUUAAAAAGAUAGACUACGUUUUCAGGGAUCUUUUGUAUCUCACAGGAUUCUUAAGAUGGAAUUUUCCAGCUCACCAGUCACGAAUCUGAGACAACCUGCCGCCUAUUGCCCUGGUUUGUGUUAUAAUAAAGGCCCUGUUGCUUAAGACACCUUCAGUCUUCGCAGGAGGCAAUGGAAGCUCCAA